CUCCACCCCUUGGAUUUCCAAAUCCAUUUUUUAAAAAACCUGCGUCUCUUCCGUCUCUUCCUGCGCACAACUCACGACACAUCUCAUAAGCCCUUUCCCUUCCAUCUUCCAACUACACUCACCAUCUUCAUCCUUGAAGUAUUCUCCAGUUCUACAAUGGGUGAUUUGCAAGGAAAGGAAAAGGCUGUGUAUAAUGCAUGGAGUACAGAAGAAAGUUCUUUAUUACUAGAUCUUUUGGUUGAGGCUGCUCAACGUGGAUGCGUGGAGUUAUAUAUAUAAUCUUGUCUUUUGUAGUCUCAUGGUGCUCAUAAGAGUCUCCGGACGGAUACCAUUCACGAUUAUGAAGAUUUACAAAUAGUAGUUGGGAAUGUAACAGCUACAGGAAAAAAUUCAGUUGGCUUAGGUGAGGAGUCUGAUGCUAGGACAUAUGAUGUUGAAGAGAACACUCAAGCUUCAAUAGAAGACUAUGUGUAUGAUGAGUCUCAAGACGCGUACGUCCCAACCCAACAAGAUCCAAUACACGAUUUAACUGUGCCUCCUACAUGUGCAAAUAGGAGUCCGACUCCCUCAAGAAGUAGUGGUUCUAAAAAGCGAACCAGAGAUCAAUGUGAAGGGAGCUCUAAGCCAAAAAGUAGCGAGUCUCGUUCUGAAUUUAAGACGAAGGUUGCUAGUGGAAUGGAUUCUAUUGCUGAGAUUGCUAGUGACAUUCGAGGAAUGAGGAUAUUGAUGGAAAAGAGGGAGAAAGAUAGGGAGAAAUAUGAGAUUGAGAAAAGGGAAUUAGAGAACAACAACAACAUAUGGAAUGCUAUAAAAGAGACUCCGGGUUUAGAUGAGCGCACACGCUACAAAGCCCCUACACUCAUAUAUAAGUUUGGAAUGAAAGAAGCUUUUCUCAAGAUGUCACCUCAAGAGCGUCAAGAGUGGAUAAACUAUAACAUCGAAAAAGACUAUGCUUGAUUUAGGAAGCUUUCUUCUCUUUAUUUUUCACGAAACUUUUAUUUAUGAUGGAACCUUUCUUGUUGAACACUUUUGUUAUUGAACUUUUAUUCCUUGCUACCGUUCUAUGAAAUAUUUAUACCAUCUGAUGUUAUUUUUGAUUACUUAUCUCAUUUACUUAUUCCAUUUAUUGUUGUGAAAGUUCAAUUAAAAUGUCAUAUUCAAUGUUUGUGUAGGUUGGAUGAAAUGGAAGAUGAAAUGAGGGAAACAAGUAGUGAAGAAUUUUAUGAGAUGUUGAAGUUAAUUUUAUUAGCUCUUGAAGCAAUACUUCAAAUGUUGAGUGACCUAUUACUGUUAAUGCAUGAGGGAGAGUAUAUUGAGCGUCCUACUCGCAAACCUAUCACCAUCAUUGGAUUUAAUCACAUAAACACAGUGUUAACUGAAGAUCCUGUGCAUUUUAGAGAAAUGCAUAGGAUGUACCCCGAUGUUUUUCUAAAACUUUGUAGCAUCAUUAGGGAGAAAACACCGCUACGAGAUACCCGAUAUGUUUGCGUGGAAGAAAUGCUUGCGACAUUUUUACUUACGGUUGGUCAAAACAGUCGUUUUUGUAUUACACGCAAGACAUUUGGUAGAGCACAUUCUACGACUAGCAGAAAUUUUAACAAAAUUUUGAAGGCUUUAAACACAAUUUCAUGCAUGAUGAUGGUGAAACCGGCAGCUGCUGUACCUAGCAAAAUCAGAGAGAGUACACGGUUCUAUCCUUACUUUAAGGAUUGUAUUGGAGCAAUUGAUGGUACACAUAUACCUGCGAUAGUUGAGGGUCGUGAUGUGACCCCUUACCGUAAUCGCCAUGGAAACCUAUCACAAAACGUGUUGGCGGCUUGUAAUUUUGACUUGGAGUUCAUUUAUAUUCUUAGUGGUUGGGAAGGUUCAGCUCACGAUUCAAAAUUAUUAAAUGAUGCACUAACAAGAAGAAAUGGGUUAAAAGUUCCACGAGGGAAGAGUUUUCUAGUUGAUUGCGGAUUUGCAAAUCGUCGUCAAUUUUUGGCUCCAUUUCGAGGUGUUCGAUAUCAUCUUCAAGAUUUUGGUGGGCAAGGUCGUCAUCCUGAAAAUGAAAGGGAGUUAUUCAAUUUACGUCAUGCUUCCUUGAGGAAUGUUGUUGAGAGAAUAUUUGGCAUUUUUAAAUCACGGUUUGCGAUUUUUAAGUCAGCUCCUCCAUUCCCAUUCAAAACGCAAGUGGAGUUAGUAUUAGCUUGUGCAGGAGUGCAUAACUUUCUACGCAAAGAAUGUCGCUCAGAUGAAUUUCCUGUUUCUUCAGAUGAUGAAGACUCUUCAGACGAAUCUUUGAUAGAAGACGACGAAGAUGAAAUUGACACUCUCCAAACGCAAGAUGAACAAAGGCAAUAUGCAAAUCAAUGGAGAAACGGUAUUGCACAACAAAUGUGGACGGAUGUCAUCAAUGAAGAUUACAUAGAUUGAAUGUAUUCCUUUUGUUACUUUAGUACGGUUCAUAAUUGUUUAAAAUUGUGCUUUUAUUAUGGAUUAAAUAUGAAUUACGUAGUUUGUUAUAUUUCAAUUUGACGUUUUUCCUUAAAUAUGAUUAGAUUGAAGCCAAUUUAUCAUUAACAUUUCCCAA